CAAGUUGAUAUAAAUAUAUUUCUCCUUCGUUGCAAUAUUAGUCGUAACACUAAUAUUUGCCAGAUUGCAAAACUUCCAGGGCCCAAACAAUGGCUUAUCCAGAUCAUCUUGAAGCUCUUAAUAAAGCCUUCUCAGGGAUUGGAGUGGAUGAGAAUUCAUUAAUCUCUAUAGUGGCAAAUUCAAACCAUGAACACAAGAAAUCCUUCAGGAAAGGAUGUUCCAAGUUGUUCAUUGAGGAUCAAAACGGAUUCGAGCGAAUGGAUCAAUCUAUCAUAAAAAAUCUCAAACUCGAAUUCAAGCGAUUUCGGGAUGCUGUGGUGCUUUCACUCUUGCAUCCUUGGGAAAGAGAUGCUCGUUUGAUUGAAAAGGCAAUGAAAAAGGGCCAAAAACACUAUGAUGUUAUUGUAGAGAUAGCAUGUACAAGAUCAUCAAAUGAAUUAUUGGGUGCAAGAAAGGCUUAUCAUUCCCUGUUUCAUCACUCCGUCGAGGAACAUCUUGCUACCCAUGUUAAGGGUUGUGAGCGUAAGCUCUUGGUGGCACUUGUAAGUGCUUACAGGUAUGAAGGGCCGAAGGUAAAUGAAGAUGUUGUAAAAUCUGAAGCUGAAAUCCUUUCCAAUGCAAUCAAGAAUGCUGAUAAAAGGAAACCUAUUGAGGACGAAGACACAAUCAUGAUCCUUGCUACAAGGAGCAAACCACAUCUUAAGGCAGUCUAUGAACACUACAACAAAAUCUGUGACAAGAGCCUCACUGAGGAUCUUGAAGCUGAGGGAAUUUUAAAAGACACUGUAGAAUGCCUGUGUACCCCUGAAACAUAUUUCACAAGAAUUUUGGAUGCCGGUCUCAGUGUUGAUGGGGAUGAGGAAUCCAAAAGAGCAGUGACUCGAGUGAUUGUAACCCAAAGGGAGGCAUUGGUGAAAGAGGGUUACGCUCCUAACAAAAUUCAAGGGAUUCUUACAGGGCAUUACAAGGAUUUCAUACUUGGCUCCCUAGCAAGAGAAGAAAUGAAUAAGCCACUCUAGCUAUACAUGCCAUUAAAUGACUAUUUUUAUUCAUAUUUAAUGAAUGAUAUUAUCUUCUUAUGAUUUUUUGUUUCAUUGCUUGUGUAAGAGUUGAAUUUAUAAGUAGUGUUCAUCUCAUUUCCUUCAUUCACAAGAAAAUUUAAGUGGAUUGCAAUCCAAGAGAACUUUUUUUCUCUGUUUUGCUGAGACAAAU